AAGUAGACAUAUUUUAGUGGGGUUGAAUCUUUGUCGAGUGAUUUGUACUAAAAUUAUCAGUUUUUUUUAUAUAAAGAGGACAAAUUAUACACAACAACAAUGACUAUUUUGCCACCGAUUCGAAAAUCGUCGUCGAACGCAGAAGAAAACAAGGAUACAAGUCAACAGAAUGCUGCAACUGAAAGAACAACCAGACGAAAUGAUAUUAAUUCCAUGCAGAUACAGUCCUUGUCAGACAAUCCAACCAGCACCAGAAGGUCUCCUUAUAAAAGCGACCGAAAGGAGCGGUUCCACAAACGAUACAAAGAAUCCGAGAGGCCCAGGGACCGCGAGAGCGUGCGGGAACAGAAGCGGGAGGUGAGAAGGGAGCAGAAAAGGGAACGGAUUGUGUUGAACAAGCGCGACAUCAUCUCGGAGCCCUUGCACGAGGCGAAUCCCAUCACAUCGCCGGUGGACAGUUCACCUGCGGAGACAUCGAAGAACAGCGAAACCGUAAUAAAGGAAGAUUGCACCGGGUUCAACAGCGAGGAUGAGUACGAUGAAAGCUUCUUCAAAGGUCGUAAUCUUACCGACGAAGAGUGGAAUAAGAGGGAUGCUUUAUUCGCCCGAUGCAUGUCGAAUUUGGGAUUCGAAAUCAAAAACAUGAAUGAAGAUGGUGCGUGUCUCUUUAGAUCCAUUUCAGAUCAAGUGUACGGUGAUCAGGAAUUCCAUUUUCAAGUUAGACAGGACUGCAUGAACUAUAUUGUACAAAAUCGUGAUUAUUUCGAGCCCUAUGUUACUGAAGAUUUCGAAAAAUACGUUGCUAGAAAACGAACUUGGCACGUGCACGGUAACCACUUAGAAAUCCAAGCUAUGAGCGAACUGUAUAAUAGAACAAUCGAGGUUUAUUGCUAUCAAAUCGAACCGAUAAACAUUUUCAACGGUUCGAGAAUAACUUCAUACGAACCGAUCAGGCUCUCUUACCAUCGAAUGUGUCACUACAAUUCGAUUAGCAACCCGAACAGCCCAUCAGUCGGAGUAGGCCUGGGCUUGCCCAAUUACAAGCCCAUCGAUAUCGACAGACGGAGACUGCACGAUGCCGUUAGGGCGAGCGAAGAACUCCUCAUUGAGCAAACGAUGUUGGAGGAUAAAAUCAAAGCGACCGAUUGGGAGGCGACGAACGAAGCGAUCGAAGAGCAGGUAGCCAGGGAAUCGUACAUACAAUAUUUUCGCGACACCGAGAAACGCCUGAAGGCCGAAGGGCACGCGCACGCGCACGCCAGCGCCAGCAGUUCCACCAUAACCUCCGCGAUGGUGUCGAGUCCGAGGAGUUCCAGGCGCGGCUCCGUCUCCCCGAAGGGCGGUCAAUCCCCCAAGGGAUCGGCCUCGCCCAAGAACACUUUCUCCCCGUUAUCGAGCCCGAGGUCGAAUUCGACCAGCAUGCCGGUCAUCGCAGAGCUGGAUAUCGAGAACUUGCCGCCGCCCUACGUCCCGACGAAAGAGGAAGAGGCUCUCGCCAAGCGAUUGUACAACUCGCCGAGGAGAAUUGAACAAACCGAAAGCGGCUUCAGUAAAGAAACCUUCGUUCCUGAUUUCGCGAAUCAGGCUGGCCCGUCUAACAUGGACAAUAAUUUAGGAUUUGAUGACUUCGAUCAAGAGAUAAUGGCUCAGGUCUUAGCGGAAUCGCAGCAAACCUACCUAGAUGAAUUAAAAUUCAAAUCAAAGAAGAGACAUGGUUCUCCCGAACCGUCCACAUCGUCAUAAUUGAAAUACCACAGGCUUUAAAAAUUAACCUCGGCUUGGUUAUUCAUUUCAAGUUUAUUAUCAUGUGUUUGUAAGGUGCAUAAACGCCCGUUUGUAAUGGGUGCAAAAUUUCUCGAAUUCCGUUUGUAAAGCGACUCGUUUUUCUUUUCCUUUCGUUCUUUUGGCUUUUGGAAAUUUUUUACCAGACUUUUUUUAGUAGAAAUUUGACUUUAAUAAUGACAAAUUUAAACGCGUUUUUAUUCACGUAUUCUUUUGAAUUAAGGAGUAUAACUUUAUUUUCUUGGGAAAUUCGCUUGUAGGUAUUUAUUUAUAUUAUAAUGUAUUUUAGUUUUAUUUAUUAGAAAAAUGAGAUAAUAAGAACCAGUCGCUUUAUGGUAAUUUUCUUGUGUAAAAAAUUCGACAGAAUUUUAAUUGUCGUGUAAUUACUAAGCUUAAUUAAGGUUAUCGAUAUAACUAUGCAGGUUUAUCUCUUAUGCGAAUUUUAUUUAGGAUGUUUUUUUAAAAGGCGCAUAUACAAACCUGUGCAGUAAAUGUAAUCCAUUUGGUAUAAUUUUGAGUAGUUGCCGAAACAGAAGCAUAGUCGACUAGGAAUUUUUCAACUAUCGUUUUAAAAUUUACUGGUUGUUCCUUACACUUUUUCUAAUGCUUGUUACAUUGUUUUCUUUGACAAUUGCAAUUUCAUUUUACUUGAAAUGUUUGAUAAUUUAUUUGUAGAUAGCAAUCAAAACGCACUAACGCAAGUUGUGAAUUCAUUCAAAUUUUAUAAAGCAAACAAUGCAUUUCUAUAUGUGGCAUCCACAUUUACAUAUAUUUAAAUUGUAAAAAGAUCACGCCGAGACUAUUAGAAAUUUGGAUAGUUUGAUUCUAGUCAUUGUGAAAUUUUUGUGAACUUAGUUGGUGUGUUAUAUUUUCUGCAUUGAAAUCUUAUAACAUCCUAUAUUAAUUAAGAAAACAAUGUAUUUAAAUUUAGUAAUUUCUUUAUAACUUUGGUGAUAUAGCACAGUUGAAAUUAAUUUUUGUUGUUCAUUAAUAAAAAUGAUACGGCUUGUGUUUCAGCAAAUUGUAUUUUUUGGCUAACUAUACUUUUUCCAAGUUAGUGGUAUAUUAAUGUGAUAAUUAUUUUAAGUUGGCGAUUUCUAGGACUAGAGUUCGUUUAAUUUCCAAUUUAUGAUAAAGAACAUUUUUAUUUCAACGUAAGG